AUGGCAUUCAAGGUUAUCCUCUGUGUGGUCCUGGUGGCGAUCCUCGCCUGCGCCCAGGCGAAGCCCGGCGGUCCGGCGGCCUACUCGAUCAGCGCCCCCAGCGUGGACCACGCCUCCGUGGGCAGCACCCAGGAGCACACGGUGAAGGGCCACUACGGCCAGUCCUCCCAGUCGGACUACGCCAGCCAGGUGCAGACGGCCCACUCGCAGUCGCACGUCCAGCGCUCGAGCAUCAGCAAUGACGCCGGCCUGGCGCCCGUCGCCGCCCACGGCUACGCAGCUGCUCCGGCCCACGCCAUCGCUGCGCCAGCAUAUUCCCUGGGCUACGCCGGGCAUACGGCGCCCGCCCAAAUUCAGGGCGUGGCCUACGGCGGACACUACGCGGCCACGGCUCCGGCCGUCCAGAUCUCCGGACUGGGGCAUCUGGGCCACUCCCUGGGUCACUCCCUGGGCCUGGGAGGCUACGGAGGCUAUGGGGGCUACGGAGGAUACGGGUAUGGGGGCUAUGGCUCCUAUAGCGCCGCCCCCGCCAUCUCGCACGGAUAUCUGGCCCACGCCCCGGUCGCCGCCGCUCCAGUUGUGAAGUACGCCGCCGCUCCUUCGUACGCUCCCGGAAUCAUUGGACACGGCAUCGGACUUGCCGCCCCCGCCUACGCAGCUCCCGCCUACGCCGCCCCUGCCUACGCCACGCAUUUGGCCGGGCCCGUGGUAAAGGCCGCCGUUGCCGCACCCGCCCUCGUCCACACAUCGGUCUCCGGCCACGGCAUUCACUAUGGCUACUAG